AUGUACGUAUGCGGAUGUCUCCAUGUACCCCUGCGCUCACACGGCAAGAAGGAGUCCACGCGCUUAGCCCCCACGUCCCUGACGAACUUCACGAAUGACCGGCCGGAGACUGUUGUGGCUGUGCUGAGCGUGCAAGACCCGAAACAGUGGUCAUCUGCGAGCGUGGUGAUGCCCCUGUGCGCAGUAAGACGCGACGGCGACGACACGACGGUGAAACAGGCGGCAGCCCGCUUGCGGGUGCAGGCACGGGCGUACCAGCCUCAGCAGAAUUUGAGCAGGAACGAGAUGCAGUGUCGGUGGCGGCUUGAGAGAGGACCAGUCGGUUCUGCAAAGAACACUGUGUUGACGCUUGAUACCGCCUGGAAUGGCCAGCCCACCGCUUGCGGCACUGUGCUGCACGAGUUACGCAUAUCAACUUAUCCGCCCCACAUGGAGUGCGAGACAGACACGACCUCGGCGACGUGCAAGACAUUCUGGACGGCAGUGCGGAGAUCCCUGCCCGUGCGGCUGCCCUCGGUCUGCGUCGCCGCGGGCGCCGUGCCGAGGGCGCCGCCCUCCAGGCGCGCAGAAGGCGGCGGGCCAGGCUCUCACGCCCCGGGUAGCGCCAAGCCGUCGGGGCAGUACCGGAACGAGUUCAUCAUGAAGAACAGCAUCGGCGCCGUGGCCGUGUCUGUCAGGGCGUGCCGGGCGCGCCCGACGCGCGAGCAACAGGGCAAGAAGGCCACAGCGUCCGUGACUUGUGCAGUGGGCCAGAGCCUUCGUCGCCUUCGUGAAGUUCUUUCACUCCAUCGCAGCUAUCGUACCAUGAUGAAGUUCGGGGCGGCGCUGAAGAGGGCGCUGGAGCGCGACGCACAGAAGCCGCUGGACAAGCUGGCCGUGAACAUGAUAGACGAGCUGCCGGAGCACUCGCGCGGAGCGGUCCUGCAGAUGGCGGGCGUGGAGGGCGCGACCACCGAAGAGGCGUGCUUCUCUGGCGAGCAGCUGGCCAUGCUGCGAGCCCUCCGCACCAACGCCGUGGCGCUCCCGGGCGGAGGCGCCGCCAUCUACGCGACCGCCUGCCGGGCGAAUCACAGCUGCAAGCCCAACGCAUCCCUCGUCACCGACGAGGGGGCGGUCAUCCGCGUCGUCGCGCUCCGCGACAUAGCGCCGGGCGAGGAGGUGCUGGUGUCCUACAUCGGCGAGGGCGAGUUGCUGAAGCCGUCGGCGCGUCGCCGGGAGCUGCUGCGGCGAACCUGGGGAUUCGACUGCGAGUGCCCGAGGUGCACCGGGCCCGACGACACCCGGGGCUUCGUGUGCGGCGAGUGCGGGGCCGGCACGCUCCGCGCGCACGCCGCCGGCGGGGCCUGGUGCCCGUGCGCCACGUGCGGCGCGGCCGCGCCGGCCGAGGAGCUGGAGCGCGUCGAGGCGGAGUGGGUGGGGCACGUGCAGUCCCUGCGGCAGGGCCCCCUGGUGGACCAGAUCGCCGCCGCCAUGUACGACGGGCUCGUCGGCGAGGCCGCGCAGGACCCCACCCGCGUGCCCUCGCCCGAGGGGCACUGGGUGGCCGCGAGGCUCGCGGGGCCCGCCGCCCGGCAGCUCCUGGAGCAGGGCGACGCUCCCGCGGCCGUGGCGGCCGCCGAGUUCAAGCUCCACUUCGCCCGCCGCACGCUCGGCGGCGCCGCCUCCCGGGCCGCGGCCGAGGCGCUCGCCGUGCGCGCGGGCGCGGCGGAGCUGGCGGGCGACCCGGAGGCCGCGGCGCGCCUGUACGGGGAGGCGGUGCGCGAGGCCGAGCUGCUCCCGAGGUUCGCCAACGAGGUCCUCGCCACGGCGGAGGCAGGGCAGAGGCGCCUCGCUGCCCUGCUGGCCGCCCCCGGCCGCGCGGCCCCCGUCGGCGAGCGCGCCCGGGUGCCGCAGCCCGCGUGA